AUGGACUUCGGCAGCGAAGGGGAGGAAUGGCUGAUCACAGAGCGAGAGCUGGAAGAGUGGUUCAGAGAGGAGCGGCGGUUGCGGAGAGCGGAAGCUAUCAAGCUACAGGCCGAGCUGGAGGUACGACAGAAGGAACGGCGAGCGGCCUCAGAGAGAGAGGAAGCACAACGGGAGGAUGAAUGGAAGGAGUGGCUGAGGAAGCGGCGUGCAGAGCCGGGUCUCCGCAAAUGGUUCUUUUGGAGGAACCGGCUGAAGGAACCGCACCCACCAAAACGGCUGAGCGUGGACAAAUUGGGGGGAAGUAGCGCAUCCCCCUCGAGGGAAAUCCAAGGAACCGAGCUGAAACUUGCACACCUGAAGGAAUAA